GAGGCACUGUGAUCGACGAGAGCACGGUGUCCCAACCUUUGAUUUCGACAUACAGAGUGUGUGCGAUUUGACGGAAAAGUACGUAUCUGCUUAGGGUCCAGCUGACAGACAGAAUGAUAAGUCGUAGCGCCUUCGACGCCUACGCGAAGCCUACGUGAUAUAUCGGAAAUGGACUACUGUCAGGAGGAAUCAUGAGGAUCAUACAACACCACCGACCGACCAAAUUAUUUAUAUUGAAACCAGUAUAAUGGGAUCCAGAUUAAGAGAAAACGUCAAAUAUCUCUACGAAUGUUUCUGUGAAGUGGCCGAACCUGUUGGAGAGAAUGAAGCAUGGAUACUUCAGAGAUAUCCGGAAUCUUACACGGAUCAAGAAAUCCUUAAGUCCGUUCCAAAGUUUGCAUACCCGUGUGAAUUGAAAAAUACACUGGUGCAACAUUUUUCCUUCGUCCUCACACACAUUGACUCAAAGUGGACGUUCGGAUUCUGUCGGCAUGAUCCAAAAACCCAAACUGCUCUGGUUAUCCUCAGUGCUUUACCAUGGCACGAAGCAUUUUACAAACUACUAAAUCAGAUUGCGAGUCUGAUGGCAAGUGGAGGAGGAGAUCUUUGGAAAUUCCUUGAAGAUGUUCACAAUUGUAGCAUUCCACUUCCAGGAUGUUCCGUGACGGUCCCAUUACCACACCCAAAUGUUACAUUCGUUUGUCGAAGUCCGAAGCUCUUUCAGUUACCUAGUAUACCAGAGAAUAGAAAUCUAACCGAAUAUUACAGUGCUGUCGAUUCCCAUAACAUGAUGAUGAUAUUUGCAUCGAUGUUGUAUGAGCGUCGUAUUAUUUUCACCUCCAAAAGACUUUCAAGAUUAAGUGCAUGUGUGCAAGCUUGCAACGCACUGAUUUAUCCCAUGAUUUGGCAACAUAUUUAUAUACCGGUUCUUCCGCUAUCAUUAAUGGAUUAUCUGUUAGCACCGAUGCCAUUUCUGAUUGGUGUACCAUCUCCAAUACUACAGAGAGCGCGUAAGAGUGAUCUAGGAGAUGUUGUGAUAUUGGAUGCUGACAUGAAUAUGAUAGAGUCACCUUUUCAAGAUUUAGAGUCUUUACCGCCAGAUGUGGUAAAUAAUUUAAGAAGAGCACUACGCAACAGAGCAGCAUUGUUAGGCGAUGGAGUAUCGAGGGCAUUUUUGCGAGCUCUAGUUCAGCUCACAGCUGGUUACAGAGAGGCAUUGACAUUACAUCAAGGUGAACGAAUUACGUUCGACCAAGACGCCUUUGUUGAAAGUCGACCGUCUUCCAUGCAGCCUUUCCUACGUAAAAUGUUAGAGCUGCAAAUAUUUCAACAGUUUAUAGAAGAGAGGCUGCACAUGUUGAACUCAGGGCUUGGCUUCUCUGAUGAAUUCGAAUUAGAGGCUUGCAAUUACUCGGAUAAAUCUAACAGUAAAUUUAGGCAACAAUACCGCGAAUGGACUUACGCCAUGCGAAAGGAAGGUACCGCAUUUUUCCGCAGCGUAAAAGAUAAGGCAAACCCGGCGGUAAAAUCUGCAGUCAAGUCGGUAAAAGACAAGAGUAAAGACAUGAGGACGGUCUACAAGGGACUAAAGUGGAAAGGUCGUUCGAGCAGGCACGAGGAAAGUUCCCGUUUUCAGCAGCCCAGAUCAGCUCCGAGCUCGCCCACUUUGGAGAGAAGUCCAGCUAUUUUUAGUUCUCCUUCAAAACCUCUUAGCGGUUUUACAGCGACUACCAGCUACAGGAAGGAACCACGAUUUCGUAACAGCGCCGUCCCCGAGACGAGUCGGAAACAGUACUCUCCUUUGAGUUCGAGUUCUCCGGAGGAAUGUGAUCCACUUCCGGAACGACUGAACAUCGACUUGAUGCACGAAAUGCGAGACGUGAUAUUCCCGAAUACGCCGCCUGUAGAUAGAACUUUGAAGCCGGUCCGCAGUUUAGACAGCUUGAGAUCUGCAUGGAGCGGUCACGUACGGCACGGCCCUCUACUUCCUGUAACAACUUCCCACGACGAUGAAGUUUCCCAAAGACAAAGCCAAAGCCAAAGCCAAAGCGCCGCCAUCAUGUGCACUCUUGGGGGCUCGGCCGCGCGAUCGCAAAAAACGGAGCAAAAAUCAACGCUGCUCGCUUCAACGAGAUCUAUUCUCUCCAGUCUGUCGAGCAUUACCUCCGGCACUUCCGGGCCGCCCAACGAGCUCGGGGGGACGAAUCGUUCGUCCGGAAAAAAUUCCUCGAGCUCGAAGGACUCGUCCAGCCGCGACUCUUCCCCAGGGCCGAAAGAACCCGCGAAGAGGGCGAAAAAGGGAGUUUUUCCUUCUCUCUCGGCGAACGGCAGCUCCCGAUCGAGGGCCCAAUUUUUCGUGGGCUCCAGAGAAUUCAUUAACCCUACGAAUCCAUUUUUAAAUCAACAGACCGGCCUCCCAGAGCUCGUUUCCGUGUCCGAUGGAACGAGCUCCGAAGAGACGGCUGAGAUAGGUGCGAAAGUUGCCGAGGCGAGUAAUCCUUUCGCGGGUUCUCAGGUCCCCUGGGAUGAGAAUUUCGGGUCUGAGAGUAGCGAAGCUCUUCCAGGAGAUCCCUUCGAUACGAGCCGAGCCCUGAAUCCCUUCCUUACGCAGAACUCGGUGAUCCCUUCCUCGGAAUGCGAGGCCGAUCCCAAGAUUCCCUCGUUAAAUGCCCGACACAGCCCUGCACUCGCCAAGGAGUUCUCGGAAGAGCGUGAUCUUAUCAGGUUGGACUCCGUGAACAGCGACGACGACUUUGACCCGCUAUUGUCGAAAUCCUCGAAAUUCAACGACUCGAAGCAAAUGACGCAGUCUCUGCACAUCCCCCAAAUGGGGGAGGGUCUUAGCAACCCUUUGUACCCAUACUUUCUGCCCAGCGCAAAGAACCCCGAGUCUCAAGCCAAGAAUCAGCCUGAGAAAUUGGGCGAUUUCGACCUUCUUCAAGAAUACGGCCUGGACUUCAAUAAAUUCAGUGUAACGAACGGUGGAGCAUCGUCGUCGGGGAAAAGUGAGACGUGUGAGAAGAGCGCCACCGAGAUCAGCAACAGUAUUGACACUGCUUUCGGCUCGCUGUCAAACGAGCCAACUGUCAAGCUACAGAACAACUGGACCAAGUUCGAGUAACACGGCCUCGAGAGGGAGGGCCGCGACCUCUCGCGAUUUUCCAAGCCAACGGAGGGUGAUGGGGAAAAAAUGCUCCAGGUAAAAGUUAUCCAGGGCAACGUGCGCGACAAGUACUGUAGGAUGCAUUAUUGCCUAUCGCUCGUUGUUGACGCGGAAAACGCAUUCACCUGAGACGAUAGCUUCGGGUUAACCGCUUCGAAGUAGUCACGGAGAAACGUAGCGUGGCGGGAUCGUUUAUACAUCUUUCGUCGCACUUGUUAUGUCGAGAGUUUCGGAGUCUUGAAUAUGUCGAGAGCGCUUGGAGAUCUGGACUUGUAGGAAGAAGACUUAGCCCGAGUUAAAUAGGUAGUGGAAAUUAUAGCAAGUCAGAUGCAAAGCUGUACGGGAGGAGUGAGAUGUUAGAAUCAUUUGUGUCGGCUGUAAUAGCGAUGUCGAGGCCAAAUCGUGUCGAGUCGAUGGAUGAUUUCGGUCUGCAGGAAUACGGUUUAGAUUCCAUUAAACUCACGUAAUAAAGAACUAUACAUUUUUCACCGCUCUAGUUGGUAGCACGAAUAGUAAGACUAAACCGGUCCGAAACGAGUCCAAAAAGCUCGGCGACUACAACCUGCAGAGGCACGGUCUAGACUCCGUUAAACGUAAAUAGAAAUGAUUUAGAGAUCAAUCACGAGAUAGUAGACUAGCUUAAAAAUGAUUUCUCGAUUAGUUACAACGAGAACGUUACGGUCGAGCAAAUCCGAGAAGUUCGAUGGUCAAUAUCUGUACGCGUAACUUUGAUAACACGCAGAUUAGAAACCAACCAACCGAGGAAGGGAGACAAAUUCCCAAAUGUAACGAACCCUUGACGUGCAGGAAAAUUAAAUUAGCGUAGGGAGAUUAGGCCACUUUCGUUUGGACAAACAGAAAAACGAGUCCAUAGGGCAAAGGUGCAUAGAAAGAGCGUCAGUAUUGAUAUGGUAUACGGUUCACCGAUAAGGAGGUUGCCUCAAUGAUUCGGAGGACGAACGAGAUAUAUUUGAGUAUAAUGAAGGUCUUAGAAGGAUUAAAUAAUAUUAAUGGGACUGAGAAUUCGUGUAAUAAGGGAGAGGAGAUAAUCUAGAGGGACGAGCUGGACUAAGUUCGAGUAAUGCGCGUCCUGGCUAGUAAUCGGGCCAAGGCGCGGGCAAUGAUGACAUAUCAAAGAACCAAUUGUAAAUAAAUUACGAGCGAAAGUUUGUUAUCGUUUAUACAAGCGUAAAAAGAUUUAUACAAGGUCCCUGGUCCGUCAGCUGGCGUCAGACCGAAUUUCUGUAACGAGUUUUAUGUUGUUACGUAUUGUAAAUACUAUUAUAUACCUCGCCAGCAGGAUUGGGGCGUCCUCCAUUCCGGUUUAAUUGUCUGGAUAAGUGCUUAGGAUCGAUCCGGAGGCAUUGAGUUCGGAGCUAACAAUUAAGGAAGUAGCUAAUAAAUAAAAAAAAAGAAAUAGAAAUAUAUUUAUUGUAACGCAGGGAGUCGAGCUUGUAAUUGUUGGCAAUUUAAAUUGAAUUUUAUACGUCGAGAGAGACCGUUUAUUCAUCGCGCAUUAAUUUGAUAUUAAACCAUUACUCGAAAAGGAAUGCAUCGAGACCGAAGAAAUUACUCAGCGGUCAGUCUUGGAUUUCGUUCGAAACAGAAUAAGUAAUCUUCGAGCUCUGAACUUGAUUCCGCUGUAUCGGACGGUAGAACAAUUACUUUCGCUUUUGGAUAAAAGCAUGGUUAGCGAAACAUCUCCACGGCGAAUAUGUAUAAAGCGCAAUGCCGAAGAAGAACGGUUCAAUGACGAUAUGCGUUUAUCUGAACGCGAAAGUGAUAUUAUGAGGGAAAGAAAAUCCUAUUCCGAAACCGUGCAACAAUUGAGCCGUACGCGAAUAUUUUACGUAGGCGUAAUCUCGGCUGCUUUUGUUUAUUCGCUUGGUGGAUACGUUUGCGAGGUGACAAUAAAUAAACGGUGGAUGUUGGACCCUUUUACAACCGAGGGAACAUCUCCGAGCGAACAAGCGAAAGUGUCGAAAAAUCAACCUAAAGUGAUGGCCGUCUUGAAACUGUGACGAACCAGUCGCUGGACGUCCGGUGACAUUAGUGAAAGUAAGAGUAAAAGUAAGUCUGUCAGCUGAUAGUAGACUUAAUACUCAGUUUUCGCAAAUAGCUAACAGGAUUAUGCUUCCAUAGGGCCGUGUAUCGCGGUUUCUUUGUAAUGCCUAUUACAAUGUGUAUCGUGAGACCAUGUUUGUACGUAACGUUGUUAUAGUAACUGCUCAAAUUGCACAAAUAAAUUAUGAUCCGAUCUUA